AUGACUAAUAAAUUUGUUUCUCAUUCUAUUUUGACAUCCAAAGAUGGACUCGAAUUUUAGGAAGUAAAGAGGGAUCAACCAAUUCAAGUUUAGGAAAAGAAGCUAUCCUUCUUGACUCUCUCAGAAUAAAUGGUCGAAUAAGAAAAGAUAGAUUAAUUGCUUAGACCAGAAGUAACCAAGAUGCAAAGGAAAAAACAAACUAAACCCAACAUUUAUGAAAAGACCAAGCCUUUAACAGAUGAAGACAACCUCGAGUAUGUUGAAGAGAGCGGAUUUAAAUAGGAAAUAUUUAAUGAAGAAGAUUUCGACUUUUUUUAGUAUUAUGGUUAAUUGAGGGAAAUAGAAAAUCGAAAAAUAAAAAUUGAAAGAGAACAUAUUAAGCAAUUCAAAUAAAGACGAUCUGAAUUAACCAUUGAUAGUACACCUUAGAUUGUUGUUUAAAAGGAGACUCAAACAUCUGAUAAAGUCUACUCUGUGGGGUCAAUCAAAGUGGUCAAGUUAAGGAUCAAGCCUCCUUAGUUUUUAGAGGAUUUGAAUCAUAAGAAUAAUAAGGAAGAAACUUAAAAGGUUGACAAAGAAGAAAACAACUCAUAAAUAAAAAAUCCAAAUCUAAAGAGUUUCAAACCACUUGUGAGUGAUGAUGAUGAUAAUAUACCAGAACCGCCUGUAUAAAAGAAGACAAAACUUAUAGAGUAUGAUUCUGCAUGA